GACUGGGCCUGCAAGUCCUGCAUCAGCAAGCGCGGGCGGGCGGUAGUCAAUUGGGGGACGGCGCUCAAGUGCCAGGCGCGCAGGCUGCCCAAGCACGCGUGCUUCGGGGCGAAUGUGCCACUGCCCCAGCCUGGCGAGGCGGCCAAGCAGCCCGCGGCGGCGAGCGGCAAGGACGAUGCGGCCCUGGCCGCCGAGGUCAAGGAGUGCGAGUUGGGCCUCCAGGCGCCCAAGGACGUGACAGCGGGCUGGGCCAAGGCGCCGCGCGACGAGCUGCGGGCCAGGACGCACGCCAUCGCCAACAAGGCCAAACAAUGUGCCGAUCGCCUGGACAAGGCAGAUGGCGCGAUGCGCAAGGCCAAGGAGGCGCUCCAGCGGGCGCGGGAGAAGGUGCCGCGCACGGAACAGGUCCACGCCGAGCUCCUUGCGCAGCAGGCGGCGCUGCAGGCGGAGCUGGCCACGCUCCAGCAGCAGGCCCCGCAGGUGCCGCCUCCCCGCGCUGCUGGCCAGGCCAUGACGUUGGACGUCAUCGGCGGGCUUGGCAUCGUGGUCGGGGAGUUGGAGGCCAUCAUGCGCGUGCAGCUGGCCGAGCACCCUGACGACGAGCAGCCUGCAGAGGCGCAGAAGCGGGCGGCGGGAGUGCUGGGCGAGCGGGUCGCCGAGCUCUACGCCACCCAGCGGGCGCGGCGAGCGGGGCCCGCCGCCGAGGCGGCCGCGGGCGAGGAGUCCCUGGAGCAGCUCGAGCAGCACUUGUCGAAGGUCGGGCUGGAGCAUGAAGGCGGCGAAGAGGCCGUGCGAACCCGCUGCGCCGCUUUAGCGCGCGGCGACUUCAGCCUCAUUAAGGCGCCGCUGGUCCUUAGCGCGUGGUUCCCGACCAUGGCGAAGGGCAGCAUUGCCGCUAUGAGCGCCGCGGCGGGUGGUUCCUUGGCGCCGUGCGUCGAGGGGCUGGGUCAGCACUCCGACGUGGUGGUGCUGGCGGUGCAGGGGCACCGCGCCAAGGACCACGACGGGCUGGCCACCCUGCAGCACGCCAUGCUGGACCACGGCUACGCGGGCGUGUGGGCCGCGGCCGCCGCUGGCGCCCGUGGGGGCGACACCACUUCUGGCGUGGUGGCGGCGCGCCUGGUGGCGGCUCGCUUGCACUGGGGAGUGGCUGGGGGCCUGGUUGCGGUAGCGGCAUACCUGCGCGACAACGUCGGAUGGAGUGUGGAGAACCAGCGGCUCGGGAUGAUCCUCGUGUGCUACCUGGCCAGGCUCAACGCGGCGGGGCUGGACUUGGUCGCGGGCGGCGACUUCAAUAUGUCGGCGGGUACGCUCCCCGUGCAGCUG